AUGCCAACAAAUCCGCGACCAACGACCAAUGGCAAUACCCCCGAGGACUGGCAGGUUUUUGAGGUACUAUUCGGUGCUGAGAAUGACACGAAAGUUGGGAACGGUAGGAUGACCACAAUGUCACCUUUGAGACAACCACUUCCAUCUCACCAGCUGGACACGUCUUGUGGCAAUGCGGGAAUCACCGUGACAGAACACCAUCAUGGACUGGACAUGACCACCACAUUGCGCAGUGAAUUAGCUGCAUUAUCCUACAAAAAGGAGAGACUUUCGGGAGAGCUUGCUGAAACCCGUUCCGCGUUGUGCAGCAAGGAUGCGGAAAUCGAAAAUCUGCGGUCUCAGGCAGCUCGGCAAACAGCUCUCAUCGGAUCCCUCCAGAGUCGUCUGCAAAAUGCCGAGAGUAGGGAGCAGUCCGUCCAGGCCAGAUGCGAUUCCACCAUUCAGACGGUUCAGCGGGAGAAGCGGAGUUCCGAUGAGCGUAACAAGGAGCUGAUCUGCAAGAUACAGCACCUGGAAACCCAUGUGGCCAAUGAGGAAUCCCAGAAGGAUCAGGCCAAGGCUCAGCUCCAUGAUCUCCUGCGCCGCCUUAGCAUUAGUUUGGGCAUGGAUGUCUGCGAUGGCAAUCAGAAUUCCCAUGCCACACCGGAGUGUAUCAUUUCUAGGGCCGAGGAAGUGAUGGUGGAACUCCAAAGAACCAAGGCCAAGGUCAGUUCCACCUGCGACACCCUCAGCUCCUGCGAAAAUGAGCUGCUGAACUUAAAAUCGCUGGCCAACAUCGAGAAGCAGCGUCUUACUGCCCAACUUGAUGGAGCUGGAAAUCAUAAUCACGAACUUGAAGGACGUUGCCGGCAGUACGAAAGAGAUCUCCAGAUUCAAAGGGAUCGGCUAACCGAAUCUGAAAUCAAUGGGGAGAAACUCAAGGAAGAGUUGCGUGGCUUCGAAUCGCGCUGCCAUCGUUUGCAGAACAAUCUGGACAGGAUUCAGGGUGACCGACUGCAGUUCUUGAGGGGAUUGAGCAAUCUCUUGAAUGUGCCCGAACCUUGUGAGACCCUGAUCAAGGACAAAUUAAGGGAGACUCUGGCGGAGAAUCAGGCCAUGCAUGCGCAAAUGCAUUCUCUGCGAGAUCAGUUGAGUUCUGAGCAUGAAAAACUAAAGGAGACCCAACAGACCACCGAAUGUCGCCUCCGUUCUGGAGAGGCACAGAAAUGCGAGCUAACCGAGCGCCUGGAGAAGUGCCAUGCCGAGAUCCAUACUCUGCGCAAGGAUCACAUGGGUCUAUCCGAGUUCCUGCAGCGACUGGCCAAUGCGAUGAACUGGAGCGAGUGCUCUGCACCUCCGGCACUUGGAACCGAUACCAAUCUGAUGGCGGAGAACUUGCUCGAAAGAGCCGAGAGACUCACUGCCCACUGCGAGCACGAGGUGCCCCAUCAUCACAAUCAUCAUCACAGCCCGGAGAAGGGUUGCUGUGAUCAUGGACAUGGUCAUGGUCAUGGUCAUGGCAAGCUUCGCAGGGAGAGAUCCUGCCAUGACAUUUCUCUAAAGGAAAGCAGCAGUGUGUACAACCUACAGAGGCGAGUGCGUGUACUCAGGGAGCAAGUGCAGCGCAGGGAUCUCCACUUGGAGCUGCUGCGUCGCAAGUUGGCCAUUAUAGAGGAUGGUGCUAGGGGGAAGUGCAUGUUGCAGGGCGAACGGGAUGAGGCCGUUUGCCGGGCUAAAAAGGCGGCCAAACAGGUGGACAAGUUGAGUGCCCAGCUGGCCGAUGCCCGAUCUCAGAUAGCCGAAGUCAAGGCCCAGCUGGCCGAGGCCGUGGAGUACAAGAUUACCUCCUUGGAACGGGCCAGGAAGAUUGAUGAGUUGACCACCCAGAUAUGCGAUCUGGAGGACGAAAAGACCCGUCUACUGUCCCAACUUAAUGCCCUCAAGGAGCGCCUCAAAUCCUCCUGCGAGUCCAAUCAGAAUCGUAGAUGUCGCGAUGAGGCUUUAAUUAAUUCCAUGCGCGAUGAUGUUAAUCGCCUGAGCUCCCAACUUUCGGAUGCCAAUCAGCGUCUGUCCCAUUUGCAAUCCUUCCGCACUUCGGUGGCCAGGACCUUGCAUCUUAGGGAUCUGCCGGAAACCGAUCUUCUGCACCGUCUUCAGGCCCUGUGCUCCGCCCACCAGGAGUUCACAAUGUUGUCGAAGCGCUAUGAGACAGCCUCACCAGUUGGUGAUCAUCCAUGUCCUCGGUACGAUGAUCCCAUACCACCAUCCGCCCACUGCCGGCCACCAAGGGAGCUCAGUCCUACGCCCACUUCUUUUCACCACAAGGCCACACUCCAUUCCGGCAGCAGUCAUCACCCACCUUCCGAACACCAUCAUGGCACCAGCAGCCACGUCCACAAUCAUCAUGGUCAUGGUCAUGGACUUGGAUCCCAUUCGAGACGCCAGCGUAGCAAGAGCCGGGACAAACGAGUCCACGACGAGUGCUUUGACACGGAUGUGCACCGACUGCACCACGGCUGCAAGGAGGAGCUGCUGGCCACCGGUUCCGAGGAUGAUUAUGACUUCAAGAGCAAAUACUGCUGA